CUUAAAUAUUUGAGUGCAGACUAGCACAAAAUGUACCUACUAAUUACAUUAUUGUGUUUUUAUGGUAUAUUUAGUGUCAGUGGUCAAUACUACGAAUUUUCCGAUGUGUUAAUCGAACCAUUAGGUCCAAAAGGACUGAGAGUUUCAAUACCAGACGAAGAUGGAAUCCAGCUAUUUGCGUUCCACGGGAAAAUUAACAGCCCGAUGAAAGGACGCGAAGCAGGCAUUUUUUCUGAGGACAUUCGCUUCGCCGAAAAUGGAAGGUGGACCUUUUUCACAAAUGCUCGUCUAAAACCAGGCGAUAAACUUUAUUAUUGGAUUCAUGUGCUUUACGAUGGAAUUGGUUACGAAAAGGACGGAGAGCCGUUUACUGUCACUGAGCUAAUUCCACGUGACGGGUCAACUACGACGAGUACACCUCCACUUUGCGAGCUCGGCCAAACAAAGUUAAACGGAAAAACUGCUUGCAAAGGAAUGCUCAUUUUCCAUGAGACCUUUUCGAGGUUAGACAAGACGAAGUGGAAGCCAGAAGUCAAGUUUCCUCAAGUUCCAGAUUUUGAAUUUGUAAUCUACGACGAUGAUCCCAAAGUACUGUACACCGAAGGUGAAACCUUGCACAUACGACCCCAACUGACUGAAGAUGUAUACGGCAGCGAUUCGAUCAACCGCGAAUUGGACUUAAAUACUCGGUGCACAGGGCUAGUGCAAUCGCCGGAGUGUAUUCGAAAGCCCAGGGCAUGGCACAUAGUUCCUUCUGUUACCGCGGCGCAAAUAUCAACAGUGGAGAGUUUUAGCUUUAUCUACGGUGCUAUCGAGGUUAAAGCCAAGAUGCCAAAGGGCGACUGGUUGUAUCCGGAAAUCAGCCUAGUACCAAAAAGUGAAGCUUACGGUCCGGGAUACGAGUCGGGUCGUAUACGGAUCGCGUUGGCAUACGGAAACCAAGAGUUAGACAAUGAUUUGUACGCUGGAGGUGUUUUGGGACACUCAGAUGCCGCGCGAAACUACGGGUUGAAGAAGAUUUUCUCUUACACCCACUGGACGGAUGCUUACCACGUGUAUCGAAUCGAGUGGAAGCCCGACAGUAUUGUCGUAAAAGUGGACGGAGUUGUGUUUGGAACAGUAUACCCACCAGCCGGCGGUUUUGCAAUCGAUCACACCAUAAUACAGGUAGAUCCCGCCGUCGCUGAUCGGUGGAGGAAGGGAACAGUACUUGCGCCGUUCGAUCAAGAGAUGUACAUAGUGCUGGGAGUUGGAGUGGGCGGAUUGGGGUUUCCGGAGUCGAUGACCAAUAAACCGUGGGAAAGCGAUCAUCCCAAGGCUCCCCUGCAGUUUUACAGAAAUCAGAGCACCUGGAAGCAGACCUGGGGCGAUAGUAGCGUAUUGGAGGUGGAUUAUGUGAAAGUUUGGGCGUUGUAGUGCGGAAUGUGAACUAUAUGGUUGAUUAACAAUUCACUUAGGCUAUUCGGCGGAAUUUGAUUUUUGUACAAAAUAAAUACUCUCACUUUCAAAGGAAGGUGUUUUUCCGGGACGAUCUGAGACAAUUUUUUGUUCGUGGCAAAAAAA